AAUCAAAACUGGGGACCACCUCAGCAACCAUUCCCAUCCGUAUUCCGUCCGUCAUUUGCCAAAAGGCUACGUUCUUCAUUUCUAGACCUUUCGUCGUCGUCACAACACAACACUGCGAAACCCACGAUCAAUCUCUCCCUCCACCUUACCGAGUCCAUCUUCUGUCGCAACCUUUCUGCUAACGAUACCACACUCUGGCAAUUCGAUCCCGCAUCGAUUCUCGUUCUCAAUCUCCCUCGGCUUUUCGAAUCCCGAAUACGAACGUUCGACGUAAGCUGUCAAUAUGACGCUCAAAGAAGAGUUCCAGACGCGCAACUUCAGCAUCUACGGACAAUGGCUUGGAAUUAUUUCCAUGAUCAUUUGUCUUGCUGUUGGAAUCGCCAACAUCUUCUCGUUCCAUGUUGUUAGAAUCAUCUUUUGCGCUUUUGCCAUCGCAUCGUCAUUCGUCAUCUUGUUUAUUGAAGUCCCUCUUCUCCUUCGAAUCUGCCCAACUUCUUCCAAGUUCGACGAAAUCAUUCGCAAGGUUUCGACCAACUACAUGCGCGCGGGCGCCUACGGUGUCAUGUCUGCUCUGCAGUUCAUCAGCAUUGUCACCGGCUCAAGCAGUCUGAUUGCCGCCGCCGUCUUCCUGCUGCUAACAGCUCUCUGCUACCUCCUCGCUGGUGUCAAGGGACAGGCCUUUGUUGGCAGCAAGACCCUGGGUGGUCAGGGCGUCGCGCAAAUGAUCGUGUAAGCGCACCAACCGCCGACAUUCCUGGUCGAUUGAGUGACUGCAACCCGAAAGCGGCAUCACUCUUUACGACCGAGCACCAUAAAGAAGAAUUGGCCAUACAGUGGAGGUGGUCGGAGCUCUCAGUAGCUCGCUGAUGAGGAGGAAUGCUGAUGUGAAAAAAUCCGCUUAUCUCGACGAGUGAGGAUCCUGCCAAAGGCAGUGGCCUGUAUACCCAGCUGGAUUUGGCGUCUGGGAUGAGGAACGGCUCAUGUUUUGAUUGAGAUGCUAUUUUUAGUGUACGAGUUUCGACGACUGUGUUAUUCGAGUUACGUUUCGAAAAUUGAUUAUAUGCACCGCCCUUUUGGCAGUCUCUUGCUGCUGUGUUGAUAAUAUUCGCUUGAAAUUAGACCAAUCUCCUGGAAUAUGGCACAGCAGCGAGUAAUAUUAUCACCAGAAGGCCCUUAUCGUACCCAUAAUACUGUGCUCAGGCCCUUGGAGUCACAGAAACCUGGACAUUAUUUGCCCAAGGGACCAAUUAGUUCAGUCACUCUAUGCCAUCUUACACCUGCGUUUAGUCUAUUUAUUUUAUGUAUCCUAAGCGUUUAUCUUACGGUUUCCGCCACGAGUUGCCGUUGAAUUGAAAUUGUGUGAACUUAGCUACAAGGUCUGUAACCCGAGUGCU